UUCCUCCAGUUGGAAUGGAGUUUUUGAAGUUUUCAUCAACAUAUUUCCAGUUCUCUACAAGCAAAGAACACUUGAAGUCUAGUAACACAGAACCUCUAUCACAUUAAAGAAUCCUCGAAUGAAUUCUGCUCUAUUCCGUGUUAUUUAAUACAAGAGAUUUGGGAAUAGCUAAGGUUACUUUUGGAUUGUAACAUUUCGAUAGCUUCUCAAGCACUUCCUUGGAAAUGUCGAAAGAUAACAUAGCCAAGCAAAGCAUAUUACCUGAGAGGCAAUCCAAAAUCAACUUAAUGAUGAGACAAGAAGAACAUGGCCUUGAAGAACAAGUUUACUGCAUCUGCCGUAGCUCAGAUGCCAGCAGAUUUAUGAUUGGAUGUGACUACUGUGAGGAAUGGUACCAUGGAGACUGCAUAGAUAUUACCGAAGAGGAAUCCCGGUUCAUAAAAAAGUUUUUCUGUCCAAAAUGCAGGCAAAGGGAUCCUAGCUUAACCAUCAAAUACAAACAAAAAAAACUAGAACAGGUAGGGAAGGAAGAGUCAGCAAAGAAAGCAAAAAAACGACAGGAAAAAAAGGAAUCUACCCCAAAAUACCCUCAUUGUGGUGAAUGCAUUGCUUGUUAUCGUGUAGAUAACUGCAAUAAGUGUGAAUCUUGUAAAGGAAAACCACGUCAACAGUGCCAAUACAGAGUCUGUCUCACUUUUGCACCCAAGCAGAAAAAGGUUGAAACAGUAGCAGAAGAAGAGGAAAUUGCAAUAAAACCGGUGUUGAAUGAAGCCAACUAUUCCGAUGAUGAUGUAUGGGAGCCGAGCCUACGAAAAGAAAAACCCACAGUUCCAUCUAGUAAACCGUCUCGGCAUUCGACAAACAAAAAGGAAAAGGCAAAAGGAAGACAUCGUUCCUCUGCUAUUUCUGGGGACCACCGUCGCCGGAAGAGAAUCACCUCGUCUACAGAUUCGGGAGGGGAAAGCGAAAUAGAAAAAUCUCCAGCGCGGAGCAAGCAAAAGGUCAUCCACUGUUACGGACCGCAAUGUAUAAAUGCAUCGCGUCCGGGAAGCAAAUAUUGCAGUGACCAAUGCGGGCUAAAAUUGGCGACAACACGUAUAUACCAGAUUUUGCCGCAACGCAUUCAAGAAUGGGGCUUAACACCUUGCAUAGCUGAAGAAAAGAAUAAGAAAGAAUUAGAACUGAUUCGUAAGCAACAAAACGAAGCACGGGAAGCUCUGGAAGAGUUGGAUCUUAAACAAAAGGAACUGGAUAUAACUACAGCAAAGGCAAAAAAAUUUACGGUUGACAUAAACUCAGACGACGAAGCAGAUGAGGCAGGCGAUUGCGAAACGGAAUCAGCUACUGUACAGUGCGUCACUUGCGGCAUCGGUAUUACGGUCAGUAAUGCAAUCCGACACAUGGAGCGAUGUUUCAACAAAUACGAAAGCCAAACGUCCUUCGGUUCCAUUUUUCAAACCAAAAUAGAAGGCAACAAUAUGUUUUGUGAUUUUUACAAUCCCAGCAAUCGAACAUAUUGCAAACGACUUCGUGUUUUAUGUCCUGAGCAUUGCAAAGAUCCUAAGGUCAAUGACACUGAUGUAUGCGGGUAUCCUUUAGUACGGGAAGUCUUUGAAGAGACUGGAGAUUUCUGUCUUGUUCAAAAAAAGAAAUGUGUCAAGCAUAACAACUGGGAGAAACUACGGAGAGCCGAAAUUGACAUGGAAAGAGUACGCCAGUGGCUUAAACUUGACGAGUUAUUCGAAAAAGAACGACAGAUUCGAACUGCCAUGGCUCAGCGAGCUGGACUUUUACCACUUAUACUUCAUUCAACUUUCAACCAUGAAUUGAUGCAGCAACAGUACUCCGGACACUCUGGAGCGACUGCAGAAAGCGGCGAGACCAUAGCGAUCAAUAAAAACGCCAUCAAAGAAGACGAUGCAUGUUGUGGAUAACAGCCAACAGCACGUCACAGCUCCAGGAUACCGAAAAGUUAUACUGUAUUUUUGACAUACUGCUUCAGUGAAGUUAGAACGGGAAAACACCAUCUACAGCCUAUAGCUGAAAGCUGUAAGUUUUUAAAUGGAAUAAUAGAUUAAUAAAUCGUUUGUUGAAAACCUUGUCAACACCAACAAGGGAUCUUCUUACUGAGUUUCCCCGGAAAGCUAAAAAUUCGCUAUGGCUUGGACCGCCUAUGAGGCCAGUUUCCAAUCCCAGGGUGACCACUUACCCGUUGACCCUGUCCAUGAAAAUGAGCUCCUCGUAGCUCCUGCUUCUCGCACUGGAGACCGAUACUGAUUCCUCUAUUACUGUAAGUUGAAUAAACUAAGAAUUCUUAUUCGUGA